AUGCCCACCCCCCAAUACUGGCUCUACGUCGGGUCGCGCAUCCACGACCCAACCAUCAACCCCGACGCCUACAGCCAAUGGUACCAAACCCACCACAUCCCCGACGUGAUGCACGCCGGAUCCGUCUCCAGUGGCGCGUUCUACCGGAGUCUCAGCCCGAAUAACCCCUUCGACUGGCUGGCAACCUACAACUGCGAUAACCUGGAUUUCAUCAAACCUGAUAACCUGGCCCGCAUCCCGAAGAAACAUCCCUCGCUUGGCACGGAGAAGUCCUGUUUCGAGAUCGCCGAGUUUGAUCUUAAGCCGUAUCAUCAGAUUUUUGUCCUGAAGAAGGAUGGGGAUGAGAAGGGGGCGGAGAGAGCUGGCUCGGAUCGGUAUUUAUUAACGUGCUCCUUCCACUGCGAUAACGGCGAGGCGCUGCGACAGAAGUGCAUCGAGAAUGAAAUGCUGUCUGUUUUUCCCGAGUCGACCUGGUUGAAGGUGUCGCAGCCGAUGGAGAGUGGGGAUACGUAUCUGGGGUAUAUGAUUGCGCACGCACUGGGGGAUCUACAUACAGGGAAUGUUCUGUGGGUGGAGGAGGAGUGGCGGUCGAAUUUGGCAAGGAGACUGGGGCUAGAGGGUCAGUUGUUGCAGCCGCAGUUGUGGGAGCUGUUGAAGUGUCAUGAGACUUAG